CCGUCGACACCAAAACAGGAACCGGAACCAGGAUCGGAACCAGGAUCAGGACCGGAACCAGGAUCAGAACCAGGAUCGGAACCAGGAUCAGGACCAGACCCGUUUAAAGACGUCAUGGUUCAGGAGUUUCACGUCGUUCAAUGUUUCACGUGUGAAAAGUUCCAGGUUCAACAGGUGAAGAAGGUGACCACCAGGUGGAGCUGUAAAGUUUGUGGAGAGAAACAGUCCCUGCUCAAGGAGUUUGGGCGGGGCUCCGGGGCGGACUGCAGACGUCAUGUUCAGAAACUGAACGCCAUGAUGGGAGCCAUGGUGGAGGAGCAGGAGUCACCAUGGGAAUCUGAGGAGGAGAAAAACAACCAGGUGACAGUGACACAGACUCAGGUGAGUCGCUGGAGCAAAUACAUGGCAACACCUGAGGAGGCGGAGCUAGAGGAGGAACAGCAGCUGCAUGGCAACAACAUGACUGACAGGAAGAGAAGAGCUUCACCCGAGCAGUUCUGCAGGAACCCUGAGAAACCAGCAGCCAGAACCAGCAGCCCCCCCGAGUCCAGCCGGGCCCGUUCCAGGUCACCAAAUGAGAACAAGCUGAGUUGCGGUAAUAUUUCGAGGGGGACUUGUUUCCUCGGUUGUGACUCUGAGGUUCAGGAGUCACGUGACCCUGUUGUCAAUGGGGUGUGUCGACAAGUGGGUGGGGACAUCAUCACCAGCUCCCGCCCACUACUUCCUGUUUCCUCCCUGUUUGAGACUGAAGACGACUUUGGCUUUGACAAUGACGAGUUUUAAUUAGAAAAAUGAAUUUAAUACCGUUAAAUCUGCAAACAUUUGUUUGUUUCUUUUUUGUUUUUGUUAUUCUCUUUAAUGAUUGAAAUAACAGUUGAUAGUUUCAGGUUGAUGUCAGCGAUAAGAUACAUUUGUCUGAUCAAUACAUUUCAUCAAAAAUUAUUAAAAUUAGCUGAUUAAA